AAGAAGGAACUUUCGGUGAGAAUUGUGAAGAGUUAUGUGGGAUGUGUUCGAAUGGUGAAGUCUGUAAUCCUGUGAAUGGAUCUUGUCCCGAAGGCUGUUCAGCAGGAUGGAAGGGCAAAGACUGUCGGGAAGCUUGUGAGUCUGGAUCAUAUGGCGUUAUGUGUAAGGACAAAUGUAGUCCGCAUUGCCUCGAUCCUACAAAUUGUGACAGUAAAUCGGGGGAAUGUUACCUAGGUUGUUUGGAUGGAUGGGUCGGUGAUCGCUGUGAACAGACUUGUGAAGGAGGUUGGUACGGAGCACAAUGCAAACGCAAAUGUGGUCACUGCUAUAAUGAAGAACUGUGCGACAAAAUACAUGGUGCGUGUGCAAGCGGAUGUGCAUCAGGCUGGAUAGGACAGAAUUGUAACAAUUCUUGUGCAAAAGGAUCAUACGGUAUUAUGUGUAAAGACACGUGUAGUGCGCAUUGCGUCGACUCCGCGGAUUGUGAUCAUGUGACAGGGUCAUGUGUGGGAGGAUGCCUUGCUGGUUGGAUGGGAGCAAGAUGCAAUCAGAAAUGCACUGAAAAGUCUUUCGGCGAGGAGUGUGGUAAGGUAUGCGGCCAUUGUUUUGACAACGCCCCCUGUAAUCACAUCACAGGAGCAUGCCAAGCGGACUGUAAAGAUGGAUGGCUGGGUCAGUUUUGUAAUGAAUCAUGCCCUGAGGGAAAAUUCGGAGAAAAGUGUCAACAAAAGUGUGGUCAUUGCGUCAGUGGAAACAUUUGUGAUUUUGCCAGCGGAAGUUGCUCAGAUGGAUGCGCAGAUGGUUGGGUAGGAAGUAGGUGCAACAUAGUGUGUAGUUUUGGUUACUACGGUGAAAAUUGUUUGCAACAAUGCAACGUCAACUGUAAAAAUACGAAAGAUUGCAACCAUAUCAAUGGAUUCUGCUCAAAUGGCUGUGCCGACGGUUGGUUAGGAGAGUUUUGUGACCAGAAGUGCCCAGACGGGUUUUUUGGUCCAGAUUGUUCCUUUAAUUGUGGGCACUGUCUAGAGGAAGAUAUUUGUUCUCAUGUAAACGGGUCAUGUUUCUCAGGGUGUGCAAGGGGCUGGCAUGGAAGAUACUGCAACGAGAGUUGCGAAAGUGGUUACUUUGGAGACAUGUGUACACAGAAAUGCAGUGACUAUUGCAUAGAGUCUGGUCAAUGUGAUAAAAUCACCGGGUUUUGUACCAAUGGGUGUAUGGCUGGGUGGACUGGGAACUUCUGUGAAUUAGAAUGCCCCACUGGAACGUUUGGUGAGCAUUGUAUGGGAAACUGUAGUGAGCACUGUCUUAAUAUUACCGACUGCAAUCAUGUGAACGGGUCAUGUGACGGCGGAUGCUUAUCAGGUUGGAUCGGAAACCAUUGUCAGAUAGAAGUCAAUGAGAUAAAUGGAAUACCUGCUGAAACGCUACUUGGAAUCGUGUUUGGAGUGACUGCUUUAUUCAUUAUCAUUGACAUCAUUAUUGUUGUUGUAGUUUUGAGGUUCACGGGAAGGUCAAAGGUCAGAGGCUCCUCAUUCCCCCGCCGCCUUAGUAUUCUAAGUGUGAAUUACUACGCCGAUGUUAACAGUGGGAAUCAUGCAGCUGAUAGACAAAAUAGAGAUGCCGGUCAUGUAGAUCAAGAUGUCGUAUUAACUACUUGUGGUCGGUCGUUCAACCAAGAAAACACAGGUUCACACCACGAACAGAUGAAUUAUGUUUCCAAAGAAAACCGUUAUAUCAGUUCUUGGGAAUAGCUUUAAGGAUUAAUUUGAAAUAAAUUUUGUAUUGUGAGAUAUAUAAAUAAUAUUUUAACUUUGUUUUGACUUUUAAGAAAAUAUACUUUUUGAAUUAAAAAGAAAAGAAAAUCAGUUAUUAGUAGUGUUUUCUUGCAAAAGAAAUAAAGUAAAUGGCAUUGUUAAUACAGAUAUUAUUAUCUUUAAAUUCCAUGUCAUAAAUUGAUAUUUAAUAUUUAUG